AGUGCCCGUAGCGCCGGCUGGAGCGCAGCGCAGCCUAGCGCGGCGUGCACGGCGGGAGCGGCCCUCGAGUGGACCGGCCCGGAGGCGCCCCUGCUGCCCAGCUCUCUCCCCGCCGCCGCCCAUGCGCGCAUCCCCGCGCGGCCGGGGUCCGUAGGCCGCAGGGCGCCCCCCAUGCUGCUGCAGCCCGCGCCGUGCGCCCCGAGCGCGGGCUUCCCGCGGCCCCCGGCCGCCCCCGGCGCCAUGCACGGCUCGCAGAAGGACACCACGUUCACCAAGAUCUUCGUGGGCGGCCUGCCCUACCAUACCACCGACGCCUCGCUCAGGAAGUAUUUCGAGGGCUUCGGGGACAUCGAGGAGGCCGUGGUCAUCACCGACCGCCAGACGGGCAAGUCCCGCGGCUACGGCUUCGGUGCCCUGUCUCCUCUGGGGAGUGUUUUUGUCCUUGAAGGCAAAGCUUCCCUGACACUUGAACUUCGAGGGAGGAGCUGGAAUCCAGGGGGCAGCUUUGUGGGAGGGCCCCCGGUGACUAUGGCCGACCGGGCUGCAGCUGAGAGGGCUUGCAAAGACCCUAAUCCCAACAUCGACGGCCGCAAGGCCAACGUGAACCUGGCCUAUCUGGGCGCCAAGCCGAGGAGCCUCCAUUCUGGUUUUGCCAUCGGGGUACAGCAGCUGCACCCCACCUUGAUCCAGCGGACCUAUGGGCUGACCCCCCACUACAUCUACCCUCAAGCCAUCGUCCAGCCCAGCGUGGUGAUCCCGGCCGCCCCCGUCCCAUCGCUGUCCUCGCCCUUCCUUGAGUACACGCCGGCCAGCCCAGCCUACACCCAGUACCCACCAGCCACCUACGACCAGUACCCGUACGCCGCCUCGCCUGCCUCCGUGACCAGCUUUGUGGGCUAUAGCUACCCGGCUGCCGUGCCCCCUGGCCUCUCGGCCUCGGCCCCCACGGGCACCACCUUCGUGCAGUACCAGCCUCCGCAGCUGCAGCCCGACAGGAUGCAAUGAGGCCACUGCCCCCUCGAGGCCCGUCACCCACGCACCCACCGGGCAAGUGGCCGGCCGAGCCCAGGGUGCACACCAGCACCUGUGCCUCUGGGGACCCUGCAGGACCCCCACCUGCAGGACCCCCCGGGUGGCCUGGAGACCGAAUCCCUUUAAAUCCAGGACCCCACACAUCUCGAGGGAGGACUUUGAGAGAGAAGCGUGAGCGGGAGCUCUAGAAGAUGCAGCCGGACCUCCCCGCACACACACCUGCCUUCUCCCUUCACCUUCCUCCCUCCCUCCCUCCCUCCCGCCCGAGCUCCGAGCUCCGGGCUGAGGUCUCCCAGCAUCCGUGAGGCCUCCCCACCCUCCAGAGCCCGGCCACCCUUUGGGCUCUGCGGAAACUGUCCUGCUCAGAGAUGCCUUACUCCAGGGAAACCUGAAGGAGCGAUGCGAAUUGACUGUUUAUUGUCGCUCCAUCCGCACAAGCUGUGAACGCGGGAGACCGUGUGCGGGGAGGCCGCCCCGUGGAAUUCUUGUUUCUGGUGACGGCACGGGUUCUUCCGCAAGACCCUGGGGCUCAGCGCAGCGGGGCCACCAGCGGCAGCUUCCCCAGCCCUCCAAGCACUGCAGCCUUUUUCUUACUGUCAUUGUUUUGCUACUAAGAUGAUUCAGAACUUCAGUUUAUUUUUUCAACGGAGGCUCCUGCCCCCAGGAAACCAGAACCUGUUUUUGACUUUGAGACUCACUUUUGUCCGUGGCUCCGCCCAAGGAGAAGGACCGUAUUUCUGUUUGAAAAAGUGUCUGUCGCUGGAGCACCAGGAGUCCCUUGGAGGGAGGGCGUCUCCAGGUCUCUCAGCGACAGUAAGUUGUCUCAGAAGCCUGUCUCCACCCCUGCUGCCCCUGCAGGGACAGAGGGAGGGGCCCCGUGUGAUGCUGGCUGAGAGCGCCCCACCCUCUCUCCUCAGUCCCCGGUUGCACCCCGCCUGGCUGAGACCAGCCUGACUCGCCCUGCCUGCCUUGGGCUCGGUGGGGAGGGAGGCACGGGGCCCAGCACGCAGUGACGGCUCCUGAGGCGGCGGGAGGGGGAGAUGCGGGGCAGCCUGGCCGAGGGGGCUUGGGGAGAGUGGACAGAAGGUCAGGGGGCGCUGGGGGUAUUCCUUCAGACCUACCUCAGGGAAGCGGGAGGCCUCAGGGCUGACUGGCGCAGGCGAGUGCUUUGCGGUGCUCCUGGUCCACAGUCGAGUCCCAGGAAACACCGGUAGCUAAUGUUAUAAUAAUAUUUUUAUUAGAAUGUUCUGAUUAUAAAAAUAAAACUUGUUUUCUUUAAA